AACGUGAGGCGACUUCCGCACAGCGUAACUGCGUCAUCAUUACGCGCCACGGAACCGGAGCGACAUCGACGAAAGGCUGAUUCUCUUCUCGGCAUAUCUUCCUAUUUUCAACCUUUACCUCCGAGAAGAACGACAACAGAAACCUUUAAAGCGUCUCUUUGGAUGUUCAUAUAAACAGCUUCCUGUCUCUGAGGUCCAGCAGUGCAGCGAGUUGCCAUGGCUUCUCCAGGGGGACAAGGAGGAGGCGGAGCUCUGUCCACAAGAGGAGGGGGCGGGGCCAGGAGGAUGAAGUGGGCUCUUGAGCUGAGCCUGGGCAACACCAGGAGUCGUGACAGGCAGGGCGGUCAGGGAGACGUGGUGUAUCCCAUUGGGUACUCUGAGAAACCAGUACCUGACACCAGCAUCCAGGAGACCGACAAGAACCUGGUGGAGAAGCGCUGCUGGGACGUGGCCCUCGGUCCCCUGAAGCAGAUCCCCAUGAACCUGUUCAUCAUGUACAUGUCAGGAAACACCAUCUCCAUCUUCCCCAUCAUGAUGGUGUGCAUGAUGGCGUGGAGGCCCAUCCAGGCGCUCAUGUCCCUGUCAGCCACCUUUAAGUUGUUGGAGAGCUCCAGUCAGCAGUGGCUUCAGGGCUUCGUGUACCUGAUCGGGAACCUGCUGGGGUCCGCGUUGGCCAUUUACAAGUGUCAGUCGAUGGGACUGCUGCCCACACACUCGUCUGAUUGGCUGGCUUUCAUAGACCCGCCUCAGAGGAUGGAGAUCAUGGGUGGAGGCAUGGUGCUGUGAAGAGGACCCGGCGUGCACAUUAACAGAUUCAGAUAUUUACAGAGGUUUAUAUUGUACAGUCUGGAUACCCGGUACAGCUUUCAACAUUCAAACCUUUACAGAUUCUACUCACCGGACGUUUCUUCACCUUUUUAACAGAAAACUUAUUUUAUUGGACUUGCUGCUCGGCUCUCUGUCUUUGUCUUUAUGAUGAACUCUGUUCCCAGACAUCGUCUUCUUCUUAUUCUCUUUAAUAAAGGUUUCAGAAUCCA